AUAGGACGCGGUGGCUCCCCAACAAUAGAGUGGUGCAUACCACUGUCGUUGCUUGUUGCGGGGAUAUUUACCGGCGAAUGCGCGCUGUUUCCGCACGGUUCCCGUAGGUUUUAGCACUGCAACGCAUAUGCGUAACACUCGUGCAGCCUUAAAAAAAUUUACAUAUAUAAUUAUCACCUCCACGGACACGGUUUUGCGCACAUUUCACCGAUCUGUACUGUGUGGCUCCCUUUGGAAGAAAGUGCCAGGGUUCUCCUCGGAGUCAUCCGCCUCUUCUUGCACGGAGAAGCACAUUUGAUAUAAGAGACAGUCAUGGACACUAACCGGGGAUUUAAAUGUUUGCACACGGCGGCAUGCUCUGCGGCACAAUGAGGACGGAAUAAGACAAACGGGGGAUUUAAUCAAACUAAACAGGUGACGGCGUUGCAGCAGAAGCAUGCCACUGGUGAAGCGCACUAUUGAGCCGAGGCAUCUGUGCCACACGGUGCUGCCCAGGAACAUCAAGAACGAGCUGGAGUGCGUGACCAACAUCUCCUUGGCCAGCGUCAUCCGCCAGCUCAGCAGCCUCAGUAAAUAUGCAGAAGACCUCUUCGGGGAGCUUUUUAAUGAGGCCCACUCCUUCUCCUUCCGGGUCAACUCCCUGCAGGAGCGUGUGGACCGCCUCUCCAUCAGCGUCACACAGCUGGACCCCAAAGAGGAAGAACUGUCACUACAGGACAUCACCAUGAGGAAAGCCUUCAGGAGUUCUACCAUCCAGGACCAGCAGCUGUUUGACCGCGAGUCCCUGCCCAUCCCCAUGCAGGAGACCUUCCAGGCCUGCGAGCAACCGCCACCUCUCAACAUCCUUACGCCUUACAGGGAUGACGGGAAGGAAGGCCUAAAGUUCUACACCAAUCCUUCAUACUUUUUCGACCUGUGGAGAGAGAAGAUGCUGCAGGACACGGAGGACAAGCGGAAAGAGAGGCGGAAACAGAAGUUGCAGGACCCCCGCAUGUAUGAUCAGGUCUAUAGGUACUUAGACCUUCCUGGGCAGCUGAAGGCAAUAGACCGCCCCCAGGAGCCUGAGAAGGUGCCUCGGGCGCCCCACGACCGCAAAAAGGAGUGGCAGAAGCUGGCGCUGGGUGCGGAGCUGGCGCAGGACGUACCUGACGACAAGCACAGGGAGGCCAACGGCUCCGCUGGCUACCCUGACAACAGGGCCCAGCUGUACAUGGAACAUUUAGAUGGGCCGUUCUCGCUGGCUGCGCUGCCGUACAGCCAGAUGAACGAGCUGCUGAGCCGUAGCGGGGACAGAAUGUAUUCGAGGCCCAACGACCCUCCGCCGCCUCCGCCAGCCAUGCACUCACUGGGAGAGAUCAAGCCGCCCUCUGUCAUCAGUUCCAGUUCCGGCUUUUCAGACAGCAGACCUCAAUCUCCAGCGAGGACAGCAGGCCUCAACAACACCCACCCGCCUCCGCCGCCCCCUCUCCCCCCACCGCCGCCCCCUCUACCGUCCUCGGGCUUACGUGGCACCCCUCCUCCUCCUGUUCCUCCCUUACCCAUCCAACACCACCCAACGGCCAUCCCCCCCGCCCCGGCCCCUCUCCAGAUCGCCCCGGGCGUCCUCCACCCGGCUCCUCCGCCCGUGGCACCCCCGCUUCACACCUCCUCCGCCUCCCCGGCCCACAAGGGCCCGCAGCCGGACGGCGCCGUCCUGCCUCCACCGCCGCCACCUCCUCCUCUGCCCCUCGCAGGAGCUCGGAGCUCCUCGCCUUGUCCGUCGGGACCCCCGCCCAUGCCGGCGUUCCCGUCGGCAGGGGCGAUGGCGUCCCCACCGCCACACUCCUCCAUGCAUGAUAUGGGAGUCAAAAGGCACCAUCCCGCCAACCUGCCACCCAUCAGCGAUGCUCGCAGUGUUCUGUUGGAGGCCAUCCGAAAAGGAAUUCAGCUGCGAAAGGUGGAGGAGCAGCGAGAGCAAGAAGCUAAACACGAGCGAGUGGGCAACGACGUGGCUACCAUCUUGUCCCGACGCAUCGCCGUGGAGUACUCCGACUCGGAGGAUGAGUCUGAGUUUGACGAAGGGGACUGGAUGGAAUGAUACACACGGCUUGUGGACACUUGCUUGUUGUUCACAUUCUUUUCUUUUCUGUCUGUCUUGUUGUGGAGAAUCUCCAUUAUUGUCCUAUUGUUGUCGUCUUCCUAGUGGUCCGGAAUUCAUUCAGUUCUGUUUUCUUUCCAGGAGAACCACUUUUUUUUGUCUCCUACCUGUUGUAAAAGAAAACAAAAAACAUGAAGGCAUGUUGCAUUUAGUUCUUUAGCACAUUUUCGCCAUCUAGUGGAUGGACAUGGUAUUACACAAUGCUGUGUCUUGUUUUUUUUUUUUAACAUACCUGUAGUUUUCUCAGGCUAAUCGCCGCCGCAUUGAUUGCUUCAUGUAGCCUCAGAGCAAGCUAGUGUGUGUUUGAUUGAGGGAUGAACGUUGAAGGAGACUGCACGUCCAUCCGCCGACCUUUAACCCCAGGGAAAUGUACGCCAAGAGAUGGAGUUCUCUGCCUGCCCAGGUUGUGUGGCUUUCUCCGAGGGCCGCACGUGCUCAUAUCCAUAUCAGGAAAGCCGAAACUCUGAGCCAUCCUUUUUUUAAAAAAAAAUAUCCUAUUGCUUGUACUUGCCACAAAUAUGGACACUUGUGAGUGGACGCCUCUGUAAUUGUCCCAAAUUAAUAUUAAGUAUGCAGGAUUUUGGAGUCCAGGUACAAACCCGUACACACCACCACCAAUGAAGGCAGCUUCCCCCCUCCACACACACACAUACACACACACACGGAUACCCCUUUACUGUGUAACGAGAGGCCUUACCUCGUUUGAAUUCUACGGAAAAUGUCCGAUUCAGCCUUUUCAGGCUUGAGACUCUCUGCCAUCAUUUCUGUCUGUCCUGGUCUUUCUUCUACUUGCCUUAUCGUCCGUACAAAAACAAAACGUGUUGUUGAGUUGAUGAAUGUAUUGUGCCGUUACUACUUACUUGCCUGCGCUUGUAUGGGUUUGCUGUUUCUAUGUUUGGGGGAUG